CGUUGAAGUAGAGGAAAACAGGGCAUCAUGGCGGACGCACUGAGCAUUGUCCGUCAGUACAACAUCAACAAAAAAGACAUCAUAGAACGAGACGACGAGGUUAUUUUCGGUGACUUUUCCUGGCGAAAGGAUGUCAAGACGAACUACCUGAUCUGGGGAACUGGUAAAGAUGGCACCCCCAAAGAGUACUACACGCUGGAGUCCAUCUUGUUCCUGCUCAAGAACGUGCACCUGGCUCAUCCCAUCUAUGUGCGGAGAGCUGCGGCUGACUCUAUUCCUGUUAUCACAAGACCUGACAGGAAGGACUUGCUUGCCUACCUGAAUGGGGAAACGUCCACAUCACUGAGCAUUGACAAAAGUGCACCCCUUGAAAUCACCCUUCAGAAACCCACACAAGUGAAACGAACAGCCGAAGAUGCAGACAAAGACAAUUUCAAGAAGCCCAAAGUUGCGAUGGAAAAAGUCAUGCAGGAUAAGGAGCGUUUGGCUGCUCGACUGGAAACACCAAAGGAGGGAACGGUCAACAUGGAACAGAUCAGGUCCUUGUCCGAGGCCAUGUCUGUGGAAAAGAUUGCUGCCAUCAAGGCCAAACGUCUUGCCAGGAAGAGGACAACCAUCAAGACAGAUGAUGACUUGGAACUGGGACUGAUUGAGCCCCGUAGUUUCGUUGAGGCUGAGGUCGACGUGACUCGUGACAUUGUAAGCAGAGAGCGAGUCUGGAGGAACAGAACCACUAUCCUGCAGAGUUCUGGAAAGCAAUUUGCCAAGAACAUCUUCGCGAUCCUUCAGUCAGUGAAAGCCCGUGAGGAAGGGCGGGCACCGGAGACAAGCAGCGCCCAACCAGCAUCUAGCAGUAGUAGCAGCAGCAGAAUGGAGUCUUUCCGUAAACCCCAGCAGGCCCCAGCAGCCUACAACCGUUACGAUCAGGAGCGUUUCAGGGGGAAGGAAGAAACGGAGGGCUUCAAGAUUGACACCAUGGGAACAUACCAUGGCAUGACACUCAAAUCUGUGACAGAAGGAGCCUCUGCUAGGAAGUCCCAGGUCCCAGUGCCACAGAGCAUCCCUAGACCAGUGUCAGCAGCUAAACCGCAGCAGCCCACCAAGAGGGUGUCCCGUACCCCCAUCAUCAUCAUCCCUGCUGCCAGUACAUCUCUCAUCACACUCUACAAUGCCAAGGACCUGCUCCAGGAUCUCAAAUUCGUGAGCAUGCAGGAUAAGAAGCAGAUGGGUAUGAAGAAGGAGAACGAAGUGCUACUGCAGCGUAGAAAGGAAGUCAUCCAGCCUGGCGGGGUCACGCAGACCGUCACUGUCCCGUACAGAGUCAUAGACACCCCCAACAAGCUCACUGGGGACGAGUGGGAGCGAGUAGUGGCUGUGUUCUGUCAGGGCCCAGCCUGGCAGUUCAAGGGGUGGCCAUGGCUGCUGCCGGAUGGCUCACCUGUGGACAUCUUCUGCAGAAUCCGUGCCUUUCACCUGAAGUUUGAUGAGCUGAAGCUGGACCCUAACAUCCAGAAGUGGGACGUGUGUGUGCUGGAACUCAGCCGACACAAGCGCCACAAAGAUAGGGCCAGUCUGCUCAGAUUCUGGGAGGUCUUGGACAAGUACAUGAUGAAGCACAAACCACACCUGAGAUUCUAAGACAUCACCAACUGGACAAUGUUUCUCAUGUUUUCUUUUCAAAAUACAUGCCAAAAAGAAUGAUUUAUUAGUUUUCCUGAAUAUUUAGUUAGUCUUCACUCAGAUAAACAAUAUCAUAGAAUAGUUUGUAUGAAAGAACUUUGUAUUUAAGAAGGAUAGUAUAGUUACCGAAAAUCAUCGUACUGAUGUAUUGAUUGUAGGGAAGUAACCCAGUUCUAGGUUAAAUGACAUCCACUUGCAGAAGUUCUAGUUUGAAAAAUAUCUCUUGAGGCAUGCAUUAGAUGAUACUGGAUACUGGACAUUGAGUCUCUAUAUUAGUGAUACUUCAAAUCAUGGAUGUAUGACUUGUAAAAAUGUGUAUUGAAAAUCAGUGAUUGGCAUUGGUAAUAUUAUUCCACUACAUUGUAGGUCUCUAUAUGCCAUUUGGACUCUACUUCAUAAAAUUCUUAUCAUGAUAUGUACACAAUGCAAGCUUUUGUAUACUGCUGCUCUCUCAAACUUUCUUGCAGACAUAUGAUAACUGUACAUAUCUUGUGUGAUAGACCUUAAACUGUAGUGGUGACACAUGUAAAUUGAUUUGGAUGGAUAUUUUUUGGAUAGAAAAAUUGGCAUGUGGCAAAUGACUGUAAAAAAAUUGAAAGAGAUUGGUUGAUCUAGAAAAGGUACUGUAAGAUAACCCGCUUCAUUAUUUUUAUAGGAAGUUUUGGUGGAUAUGAUAGCUAAGAUUGCUGGCAGCAUAUUAGAAAGGUUAGCUUAAAUUUGUAAGAAAUGUCAACAAACAAAAGUUGUAUCUAAGAAUACAGAAAUGAGAACGAUUCUUUCAUCAGCUUGUAUAUAAACAGCAAGUAAAUACUUUCUGGAGGUAUUAAAACGCAGGUAAAAUAUUGACCAAAAUGACUGAAAGGUAGUGCCAAUGGGUCAUACUAGUCAACAGAAAUAUUACAUGGAAUAUAUUCAAAAGUUGUCAAUGCUUUUGUGUAUCUGGAAAGGGUUUAGUUAACUGUCACUAGGUGUUCCUUGUCUCUAAAAGAUCUUUGUAGACAUAUUCAGUUGUUUUUUUCUCUGUGAGAAGUAUUACUUAUUCACAUGGCUCAUUACAGCAUUUUGGUCAAA